GGGGACGAGCGACGGCGCGGUGCGCCACCUGGGACCGGAGGACAGCCGGCGCGGCGACGGGCACCGCCUGGACGGGGCGGCACUGCUCUGGUGGGGGUGGCGCGGAGAGGAGCCGUGACGCCGGCCGGGCGGAGGAGACGCUCAGGCAGCCCGCCGACAGGAAACGGGUGGUGAAACGGCGAGAAGCAGCGCAGACCAGUGGUUUACGUGCCGCGGUGGUGAGGAGAGCGGCCAAAGAAAACAGCGAACACGGGUGCGAGUCCACGAGCGAAAACUUGCGGUGACGAAAGGCGUCUGCACCCGACCGUCAUCCAGUGAGGCGCGGCGCGUCAUCCCCUCCUGCCAGCUUCGCCACAGAGCGGCGCCCCGCGGACCGCUGUCGCCAUGGAGCACGACCUGAUCCUGGUGGUGUCGGCGCAGGUGCUGGUCAUCGGCGCCGUCGCCGUCGGCAUCGGCGUCCUCCUGCUGCGCAACCUGGUCUGCCGCUCGCGCAUCAAGGCGCGCGGCCGCGCCGUGCUCGUCACCGGCUGCGACCGCGGCGUGGGCUUCGAGCUGGCGCGUCACCUGGACGCACUCGGCUUCCGCGUGUUCGCCGGCGUGCUGGACCCCUGCGGCGCGGGCGCCGCCCGCCUGCAGGGCUGCACGUCCGUGCUGACGCAGCUGCUCGAUCUGGACGUCACCUGCGAGCGGAAGGUGGCGGCGGCGACGGCGCAGGUGCGCGACGCACUCCGAGUCAGCGGCGAAGCCACGCCGCGAGAGCUGCAGCGGAGGGUGACCGGGCCGUGUCCCCGUCCGUGGCCGGCGCGCGGUACGCUGCGGGCGCUCAAGGGUGGCGAAGCCUGA